ACCGCCCACGUAUCCGGUUGUCACAAAUAAGAUCCUUGAAUCUCCCCUUCUCUCCCCCUCUCUCUCGCGUAACUGCGGAAUUGCGGAAUUAAUAAGAUAUCCUUCCCUCCAUCCCCUUCGUGUUUUGAAAGAUCGUUUCCCUAAUAUCCCCGCACGAGAGUUUCUCGCGGACAUUUAAUCUCGCGCCGUUGAGGAAACUUGCCGAAGCGAGGAAAAACGGUCGAUCGCGUGGACGAGCGUCACGAACUCGCACUCUCGCGCCGGUGCGGAUUAUGUUUUCAGCGAUCACCCGCCGCGUGUAAUCGCACGUUACACGGCCGAAGCCGAAACGAAACGCUCGUGAUCUUAGACCUCGCAAGCCGCGCGCGCGCCAGCUAACAACUCGACCCCCUCGACUUCGCAGGCUGCUCCGGCAGGGGAGCACGACGACGACGACGACGCUCGAUCCAGCUGAUAAUGGAUGGAAGUGAACGUGCGAGCGCACUUCGCGGAGCGAGCGUCGACGACGAGCAAGUAAGACGGCUUUGCAUAAUCCACCGUGUGCCGGCCCGCCUCGUCGAGGAAGAAGCGCUGCAAGAGAAGAUGAUCCCGCGCGGCGCGACGAGCAGCGCGUUUUUACGACGACCGGUCGUCCUGGAUCGUACGACCGCACCUCGGUAGAGGAGGAAGGCCGACACGAGGCAGAAAUCGAGCAUCGAGGUGGAAUUCUCGGCGCCGCCGUCGCCGUCAGUCGCCCGCGAAGCCGGACUGAACAAAAAUCGCGGACUGGUUGUCGCGGCGAAGGGAUUGCCAUUUUUCCUUCGUCCUCCCUUUUUCAUCGAGCGUCGCGCGAUGCGGAAUACCAGAGAGGGAGGAAGUGCAUCUCGUCGAAACCGGAGCGGGGUGAUUAAUCACCCACCGCUGCGGAUGCACUGACCAGUCGAUGCAGCUGCUGCACCCGCGUGCCCGCGACUCGCCCACGUAAUCUUCUUCGGGCCGACUCGGUCAUCUCGAAGCCGCGAUCGCCGGAAGAGAAGGAGAUAUAGAAAUCGCAGCUUCCUCGGAUAACGAAAUAAAAUGUAUGCAACGUAGAUGCAAGGGAGUCUUAGGAGAACGAGAUAACUCGUCGUUGACGAUGACGACGGCAAAGCGAGGACGACGAUAGCGACGACGACAACGUAUGAUCCAGAUGCAUAGAAAACAAUCGCCAGCAAAAGCGACAAUAAUGACGACGCUAGAGAUAAGCGCAGAACCCCGACAAUAAAUAUGUAAGACUGAUACUGUUGGAGGAAAGGAUAACACUGCCCACGUAGGAAGGAGAUAGCGGCAAGACGUAUCGAUUUGCGCGCGCGAAAUAUCCUCCUUUGCUCCCGCGUGGACGCGAAACGUUCGCGUUUUCGCCAGAAACUUCGCGCUAGUACACUGCGCGUGUCUUCCCGCAAAGAGGAUACCCUGAGGAUACUUCUGGGAUACUGCAGAAGAGAAGAAGUAUGAGAAUCGCGAACAGUUCUUCCGUGACUUUUUGAACAUCUUUGCGAUGUCCUCGUGCGCGAGUUCGUAGACGAGCAGCGGACGGAAGCAGUUGACGAGAAGAGAAAUAAAAAGAAUGUCACUGAAUCACAGAUAUUACGUAACGACGAUACCGGAGGGCGAGAACAAUUUUAAGAUGCCCAGGGCUUCCGUGGUACACAUGACGUCGACGGCGACGAGGCCGCAGCACAUGUCACAGGUUCUAGCAACCCUGGCACUAUCUAUGGGAACUCUCUCCUCCGGUUUGGCCAAAGGUUACACCUCGCCGGCAUUGGAUUCUAUAUUGGAUAAUCAACCGCCACAUCUUUACCAGUCAUCCAACAAUGACACGUGGUCGGCUUUCUCGGUUACGCAACAGGAGGCCUCGUGGGUCGCGUCGCUGUCCAUGUUGGGCGCAUGGUUCGGCGCCAUGAUCGGCGAUUGGAUAAUGCGAAGGGGUCGACGGCUGGCUCUACGCGCAACAUCCUUGCCGUUGGCCGCGGCCUGGGUCCUCACGGGCGUUGCACCCUGCGUGGAACUAGUGUACGUUACCAGCUUCAUCGGCGGGCUUUGUUGCUCGGUGAUCACCAUGGUGGCUCAGGUGUACAUAUCAGAAAUCUCGAUGCCGGGCAUCCGCGGAUGUUUGUCGGCGAUGUUGAAGGUGUUGGGUCACGUCGGCGUCUUGCUGUCGUACAUAGCCGGCACAUAUCUGAAUUGGCGGCAAAGCGCGCUACUCGUGGCCGUCGCACCGUCGAUGCUCUUUUUGGGGACCCUCUUUAUACCAGAGACGCCGUCGUAUCUCGUGCUGAAUGGUAAAGACGACGAGGCCGCCAGCAGUUUGCAGUGGUUACGCGGAGGACAUGUCGAUAUACAACACGAGCUGCAGGUCAUCAAAACGAACAUUCUGGCUUCAAGGGCCAAGCAGUAUGAACUGAGCUUCAAGAAUAGCGUGUUUACACCAAGACUGUACAAACCCAUCGCUAUCACGUGCGGCCUGAUGUUCUUCCAGCGAUUCUCCGGCGCAAAUGCAUUUAAUUACUACGCGGUACUCAUCUUUCGUCAAACCCUGGGCGGGAUGAACCCUCACGGAGCUACCAUAGCGAUAGGAUUCGUACAACUAUUAGCGGCUUUACUAUCAGGAUUUUUGAUUGAUAUCGUCGGUAGGCUGCCACUUCUGAUAGCUAGUACUGUCUUCAUGUCCCUGGCGCUCGCCAGUUUUGGCAGCUAUGCGUAUUAUGUAUCGCAAACGCAAAAUUUGGGAUACGUGGAUUCGGCGGUAGUGGGCCAGCACGACUGGAUACCACUCCUCUGCGUGCUGGUGUUCACGACUGCUCUCGCCCUGGGCAUAUCGCCAAUUUCUUGGCUAUUGAUUGGCGAACUAUUUCCCCUGGAGUAUCGCGGCCUUGGCUCCAGCAUUAGCACGAGCUUCAGCUACUUCUGCGCGUUCUUUGGAAUCAAACUCUUUAUGGACUUCCAGCAGAGCCUUGGUCUACAUGGAGCCUUCUGGUUUUACGCUGCCGUGGCGGUCUGCGGAUUAUGCUUCGUGGUUUGCUGUGUGCCCGAGACGAAGGGCAAACAGCUGGACGAGAUGAAUCCGGAUUACGCGCAAGCACGGUAGUAUAAGGCCUCACUGACGGGGGGGUUGUCGAAUCUAGAAAAAACGAACAAACCCUUACCGAGUGGUGCUUAUCCCAACCAGCACGAUCCGCGGGAUCUUUACUACAGUGAUCCGCCAGCCGGCAUUCGAUCAACGCCAUCCGCGCGCGUUGCUCAUCGCAAAUUGUCAGAUUAUUGCGGUAUUUUCGCCGAGAAGACCAACAAGAUUGGCAGGAAUGUAGAAAACUUCAUGCAAUCUCGUGGUCUGCUGCCGAUUCGUCGUUCGAUCGAUGAAACGCCGCGUCAAAACGAUCUUCCCAGAGAUCUUCUGGUCAACGGUGACGUGACCAGAAACGAUCCUCCUCUCUCUACUGAUCGCGAAGCGAGAGAGAAUCGUCAUCGACAUCGUUACGAAGAGAACGAUCGCGCAGAGAGACCACGCAGGGGCAAUGUGCAAAGGAAACGUGUGGAAUACUUCAACAAUACUUAUCCACAGGACCUGCGAACUGAUAUUCACGUUCAUCAUACCAACGAAACAACGAAAUCCCGUCGCUCUAGGAGACGCGAGUACGAAGAUACGGAUUACGAUUCUGCAGACGCCUGGAAACGAGAUCUACUAGCAACGGCGGGUCCAAGUGACUCUAAGUCGAUUUUGAGAAACAACAUUAAUCAAGGCAGCGACGAGAGGCCGCAUUACUCAACUCUGCCGCGGCGCAGCAGAACUAUCAACUUCGAGGAUCAAGCGUACAGCUUUUCGGGGGGGCGACAACGCAUGUACCCGAAAAGCCUGCAGAAUCUAACGGAUUUGGAGCUCGACGAUGUCGUAUGUCUCCCAUCCUCGCGUGGCGAACGAGCUUGUCGCGAGGCAAAACUCGACGAUUAUCGUCGACGCAGUAGAAAUCAGCGUGGGGAGGAAUUAUCCUUCGACGACAGCUAUCUCAGACUGUGUAGGAAUCUGUCGAGGUUGGACAAAUAUCCGCGAGGCGAUAGAUAUGAGCCGGGCCAGGUGCAUUAUGAGAGAGAAUGCAGAACCUUCGGCAAGGAUACAGUCGCCUUCAUCUACUAUAAAACGUGCUAUUUGUGAUCAGAAAAGAAAUAUGAUACGAACGAAGUAUAGGGAGUUCUUUCAUCGGUAGACCGUCCAUCAAUUAGCGCAACUCACGCAGAAAUUAGGCCAAUUGAUCAUUUCGAUCCUUCUUUUCAAAUGCAUUUAAUGAAUGGAAGUUUUUCCUUUUCAAUAAAUCAAACAAAGUUUUGUAAAAUGAUAUAAGUUGAUUGAAUAUAGUACACGUACAGAGACUAUAUUACAAAGAUUCUCUCUUUCUUGUCAGUUUCAUAUCUUCUUAAUAAUAACAUAUUUUUAGAUUCUGAUAGAAAAGAAAUCCGUGAAGAAAAAUGAAAAAGAAAAGUCUGUAUAGAGAAAAUAAUUGAAUAAUCAAGUCACAAAUUGCCUUCGUGUUUGGCUUUAAUGACUAUAUCGUUUCUUGACUGAUAAUCAAGAUAUGUCAAAGAGCUUUACAUUGUUGCUCCUAUAAAACUCCUCUGAUGAUCCGUGAUAUUUCUUUAGGAAUCUUCGUACGGAAUUAAUUUAUUUCAAACACGACAUGAAUGUCAUGUCUAUUCCAGUACUCUUCUAAUAUCUUGUUCCUUUGAAGUACUUUUAAAGAGAUAACUGUAAAAAAUGAUAUCGAAAAUGAUACUUAAAAAUUGUACCAAAUAAUGACAUCAAACCUAUACACAUUUUUUAAAUAUGUAAACUGUAUGUCUUUUACUUAAUAUUAUUUUUCAGCGAUUGAGUGGUUUUGUUUUCUUCAGUAAGAUAUACUAUUAUUAUUAAAAAUUUGCCAUAUUAAGUAAAGUUCUCAUUCACGUAAAAAAGCAUUACUUCUACUGGUUUUUACGUAAGCGCAACAAUGUCUUACGCAAAUAAAAAUAUGUGCAUACUGUAUAUAUCGUGAAUAAACAACGCUAACAAGGUCCUUAGAACAGCCUCAAUAAACUGCUCAUACCAAACUGAUCUUUCUAUAAAGUAAUCAGUAGCGUGAGUCAGUAGAUAAAUUUAUAAUGGUUCUGCUACUGUAUAUUCAAUCCUUAAUAGUGCUAGAAUGUUUCUUUAAAGAAUAUUGUGAUGAGAAAACAGAAAAAGAAAGAACUUUAGCAAACUUUGUGCUAUUAAAACAUUUGCGUUAUCAAUAAGGUGCAACAAUGUGCAGAGUACUCUCAUCGUGGAUGAUGAAAACAUAUGAUCUACUAAUAUCAGGAUAUUGAAGUACUCCGAAGCCUCAUUAUAGGGCGAAUGCCAAUGACUUAACUAUGACAAUAUGGACUUGUAGAUACAUCUAUAUAUAUAUAUAUAUACUAUUCGUAAAAAAAUUGCAUAUUGUGUACAUUAACUACUGUAUAUUAUAUACAUAUAAUUUUAUCGUAAGAUUUAUGCGACACCGAUAACAAUAAACAAAUUCUCGACAAUACCACAAAUCGCCAAUUUCGUUAAGCUGGUAAAGCGAAAUUCGGUACUGUUAGCUUAUCAUAUCACAUACAUGUACUAUGCAAUGUUAAUAACGAUUAUAUAGUGAAUAUUUACAAGUGCGAGAGCAAGCCUCUCGUCUCUAGUUGAUAUUCAUAUUUAUCAAAGUCUUCUACUUUUGACGAUUUCCUGUAUUUUUCAAGAAUGUGGCCAUUCGUAUACUCGAAUGGCAGAUUCGUGAUUAGAGAAAAUUACAUGACAAUAUAUGUAUUUUGUAUUUUUAUAGUUUGUAGAAUGAAAUCGAGAGAGAAAGAGAGAACGAGAGCGAGCGAGCGAGCGAGAGAGAGAGAGGAUAAAUAAUUAUUACAAAUUGAUUACAUUUUGCAAAACAGCUUUCAUCUGUGAUGGAACAGUAAUCUUUGCAGAGAAAGAAUUCCUUAAAACAUCUUUGAUAUUGAAGCAUAUGUGUAAAAUAAAAGAUAUUGAAUGUUGUACUGACCAAUGAAUCGGAUUUGAUGGAUCGAAAGACGAAAACGUAAGAAGGAAAUCUUUCUGCACGUAGAUGGUAAGCUGAAUUUCUUAUAUCUAUAAUUAUUAAUUAUACCCGUGAGUUAAUAUCUUUGCCAUAUCUGAUGUACCGUAAUGAAAUGUAUGAAAGUCUUCGAAACGAUCAUUGUCAUCUCUGUACUUAAAUAUUCUCAUCUUGUAGGCAGCGAUCGAUGCGAGAAAAAUAUUUGAGUUUGCGUGAAUCUAAAUCGAUUUGUAAAGUACAUUCCAUUUUUUAUACAUAGGUAUACGUCGUACGUACGAUAUACAAGAGAAAAAUGUUAUCGACAUCCAAAUCGUAAAUUCGGAUAAAAACAUAUCAUAUAAAGGAUAUCUUGGCAUGAUUUGACUUUGCUGUCUACAAGGAAAGAGAGCGAGAGAGGGAGAGAGAAAGAGAGAGAGCGCAUACAAAACCCCUUCCUAAACAAAAAUAUCUAGCUAUGCUACAUAGUGUUCUAAAAAAAAAACAUUAACAUUUUUUGAAAUUCUAGUUAUUAUUUUUUAUUGUAAUGUCGUUAUCUAUGUCGUGAAAACUUUUUGACAUGAUUAUUUUUAUAUUUCUUUAUAUUAAAUAUCUCGACAACCAUAUCGCUUUUUCAUUGAAGAAAUUAAUAUCAAGUUAAUUAUCUCCAUCUUGGAAAUUUAAAUCGGUUAAAUUUGUAAUUUGUAACGUCUAAUUAGAAUUCUAAUUACAAUUUCGAUAUCUUUAAGCUUACUGAACGACGAUGUUCUCUAAUAGUACAUAUAGUGUAUUUUCAAAACGCUACAUUCUUUAUGAUGCUCAAAAGCUUGGAUACUAAUAUUGAAUGACAUCUCUAGUUUUAACGCGAUGCAAACUCGUGAAACGAGUGCACGUAGGAUAAACAAUCAAUCUUUAGAUUAUACAUAGAUCGUGAAGGAUUUUGAUCGCAGUAAAAUUAUUUCGUUGUUGUACACCGCGCCGAAUACGUGAGCUUUACUAUUGCUGAAUAGCAUGUACGAAUAUUUCACAGCAACACGUCAGAUUUUUCCAUAUAAGUGGAAAAAGAAAACAAGAAACCUUCCUCCCCCUUUCCCCCGUAAAAAUGUUUUAAACUACGUGAAACAAAAUCUGCACUGUGCACUUUCGUGAAUUGAAAAUUUGUCGUAAUAUGUAGCGGUAAUAGUGGAAUUCAGUAUCAGAUUUCGCAUUACUGCACGUUUAGGAUCGCGAUAGUCCCGAUAAAUAGAUUUCUGUAAUGCAUAUGCGGAUAUUUGUGUACAUGAAUGAGAAAAGAAUUUGUGAAAAUGUGCAUGUGCGUGCGUGUGUGUAUGUGGAUUAAUGCAAACGAUAAAAACUGCUUUUAAAUAUGUCGCGCUAGCCUUUAUGCAACACGCAGAAUGGCAAAUAUUAGAGACCGCUGAAGACUAUAAUCCGAAAUUAAGAUAUUAAUCCGCAUUAGUGAAUUGAAAGCAUAUACUUAGCACGUUGCAAACACAGAUUACAGAGUAAAUAUCUAGAAAUGCAAAUUUAUUAUAUUGCAUGGGCGUGACAAGCAAACUUUCCGCAUGGGAAGAACGAUGAGAAUCACAUAUUAAUUCUAUUUACCGACAAUAAAAGUAUACAAUUUAUUGACAAUAAACAAUAUUCAAAUGGGGAAAUUAGCGCUGGCCGUCGCUAAGGAGAUAAAUAAAAUACCGAGAAGACGUAUUUUCAAUGAAAAAAGGCAGAAUAAAAGUCUCAAGUAAAAUCAAAUGGGCCACGUUUAGCUUCGCUUGCUAGAUUUAAUAUUUUUGUAAUGACGCGCGUAGACGUAGCUGUAUUUGUACCUUCAUAGAGUUAAUAUUUACACUAUAUAUUCUAUUGCUGCAUCUCUCCUUGACGAUGCAACGUAAACUCAAGAACGUGACAGAACGUUUAAUAGUGGUUAAAAAGUAGUUAUUUCUGUGCAAAGGGACAAGAUUAGACGUCAGGUUUUGGAAUAUCCGAAUUCGACUUUACCGUCGCGUGGAAGCUUUCUUUUUAACCCUAGCUUUCCACACUUUUUUCACGGGCUUCCCACACUGGAUACAGGCUACUCCACAUCGAACAUUUAACAGUUAAAAUAUAAGACAAAAAA